AUGGCAACCACCCCACUCGACUCAGCCCUCACCGCCUCUCUUUCCGACUCCGACAAGGCCUACCACCUCCUCGCCCUCCUCUUAUCUCUUUGCCGGCCCACCCGCCCCUCCGAGCUCGCCGCUCGAUGCACGGCGUUCCCCGCAACCGCUCAUUUAGUCCAACGCCUCUGCUCCGUCGCCAAUUCGCCGAUCUCAUUUUCCGACGAUCUACACGUCACGCCGUCUCUCCUUGCCCUAACCGCUCUCGCGGAGUCCUUUUCGUGCUCCUCCGCCGCCGCCGCCGGUGGUGCAUCGAGCGCAUACUCAGGGAAGCGAAAACGCUUUGUUUUGGACUGCGGAUUGGUGCCUUCGGUGAAACGAAGAUUGAUCGUGGAUUUUGAAAACGUUAACGAAGAUAAUGGAGCGCGGAAAUCAGUACUAUGUAUUCCUCUAAAGGUACAUUUUUGUAUGACUGACUACCUCCGCAGUAGGAUACAUAUGUUACCAAGCUAUGUAUCUGUGGGGUUGGAUAAACCGAUGUCCAGUUCAUUGUUUACUGAAGAUAGUGCGGGGCCAUCUAGUUGUGGAGUGAAGAACAUUGACGAUGUAGAAGAUCAUAUGGAGACCGAUAUAACCCCAGAAAUGAAUGUUAGGAAAAUAGUUUUGGCAUGUGCAGAUAAUGUAGAGUCAACUGUUCCACCAGUGUCACAAGAUUUAGUACUUUAUGAAGAAGCUAAGAUGCAUGAGAUAGAUAGCUUGGCCAAAUCUUGCCUAGAGAAAAGUAAACAAAGCAUUACGUCUCCAGGGGUGGAUGAGAAGCUACCAGGAAUCGACUCCAGAAAAUUAGAAGACGAUGAUUAUGAAGAUACAUUAACUUUGAGAAAAAGGCUUAUAAGAAUACUCGAGACGCGAGCCAAAUUUCCAGUCACUGAUUUUUCUGCUGCUGAAAAGCAAUUUUUGCAGCCAUCUGAAAAGGUGUCCAAUGAUUCAGUACUCCAUGAAAGAGCUAAGAUGCAUUUGAAAACCAAAGAUAGCAGAACUUUACCAGCUUUGGAUGAGAAUUAUAGCUGUAAAGUUAUUAAUACUACAAUUCUCGAAGAUGUAAGAACCAUUGAGAAUGAUGAGGAAGGACUGUUUGUAGAUCCUGGCAACCUUAAUGGAGAAACUGAGAAUCUUUCACAGCCAGAUGCUGCUGUUUAUGAUAAGCAGCCUGGUAUCGGCUCCAGUAGGUUAAAAGAGGAGGAUGUUGAAGCCACAACACCAUUGCAUAAGGAGCAUAUGGGAAGCUACAAUACAAUGCCUGCUUUGGACGAGAGUGUUAAUGGUAUCUGUAAAGGUAGGAAUGCUACCAUCCUUAAAGAUAAAAUAAUUAUGGGAGAUGCAGAGGAAGGAUCGUUGCUAAAUCCUAGUAACCCUAAAGAAGAAACAGAGAAUCCAUACCAGCCAUACACUGGUUUUUCUGAUAAGCCGCCUCGAACUCACUUCAGAAAUUUGAAUGAGGAUUUUCAAGUUACGGCCCUUGAUAAUAAAGGGUUUAUGACAAGAAAUGAUACCCGAACCACAAGCCCUGCUAGUAAAUUCUAUGUUCCUCGAAAGCAGUUGUUGAAGUCCUCUGCAACCAUGAAAGUCAUUUCCAAGGAUAAAGUUUUAACAAGGCAGCAAUCUCUACACGACUAUAAUUUAGAGCAAGAUCAGACUGUUGUGACUCCCAAUGUGCGCCUCCACCUAAAAAUGAAUCAGAAGACGAAUAGCAUGGUACACAAAUCAAAGCAGAAUUGUGGUGACAUGUUUAUUAACGAAAGAAAGAGACGAUACAAAUCUAUUGCUUCUAAGGAUCAAACAGAGAAAAAAGAACUUCCAAAUUUUGAUUCUUAUGUGGUAGAAGAAGAAGAAGGUUCAGGUGGUUAUGGUACUGUUUACAGGGCGAGGAGUAAGAAUGACAGGACAAGGGUUGCCAUUAAGUGUCCACAUGAUAAUGCUCAUAAGAGUCAUGUCAACAACGAGUUGGGAAUGCUUGAAAGGUUUGGGGGAAAAAAUUUUGUGAUCAAAUAUGAAGGCUGUAUCAAGAAUGGGAAUUCAAGUUGCUUUGUGUUACAGCAUGUUGAGCAUGAUAGACCCGAGGUUUUAAAGAAAGAGAUAGAUGUCUGUGGGCUCCGGUGGUAUGGAUAUUGCUUGUUUAGAGCACUUGCAAGCCUUCAUAAGCAGGGAGUAGUACAUAGAGAUGUUAAACCCGGAAAUUUCCUUUUCUCUCGUAAGGCCAACAAGGGUUACCUUAUUGAUUUCAAUUUAUCCAUGGACUUGCAUCAGAAGUAUGGAAAUAUCAGUAAGUCAAGAGAGGGAUUUGGUGUAAACAGCAGUGAUGAGAAGCUUAUGACUGCAAAAAAUUUACCUCCAAUCACUCUCAGAAAGUUGCCAAGCGGUAAAUCUUUACUAACAGCCAAUGGAGAGAUCUCAAAAGGUUUCAAAUCCACUAUCGUCAUGAAGGAUCUAAAGAAGAUGGCUUUCAGCCAAAUGAAGGCCAAUAAUGAUUCAGGUAGUAGGAGUAUAAUUAAAAGUCAGGGUGCAGAUGGAUCAAUCAUAACGUCAGUAAAAGAUGUUACAAGUACCAGAACUCUGUCGGCAGAAAGGAUGAGAGAACCUUUGCCUAGCCAAGGAAGGAAAGAACUGAUCAACCUAGUACAGGAAGCAAGGGAGGGUCAAAAUGCAUCAAGUAUUUCAGCUCUGAUGAGAAAGAGGGUUCCUGCCCCUCCUGUAAAUGUUGAUGGAAAGCUUUUCCAUGUCACUCCAAUGCCUAUGCACUCAACUACCAAUGGUAUUGGUGGUCCAUUCUUGAUAAGAAGCAGAGGUCUUGGAAAACAUAAAGAAGGCCCUUGUGCUGGAACUAAAGGCUUCAGGGCUCCAGAGGUUCUCUUAAGAUCUCCACAUCAAGGCCCCAAAAUUGAUAUCUGGUCCGCUGGAGUCACAUUACUCUACUUGCUGAUUGGCAGAACACCCUUCCUUGGCGAACCUGAACUAAAUAUCAAGGAUAUAGCAAAGCUGAGAGGCAGUGAAGAUUUGUGGGAAGUCGCCAAGCUACACGACCGGGAAUCCUCAUUUCCAGUGGAGCUCUAUAAUACAGACUGUUUGCCCUCUAUUAAACUCAAGGAUUGGUGUAGAAGGAACACAAAGAGACCAGACUUCCUUGAGGAAAUCCCAAGGCCCCUUUUCGAUCUUGUGGAUAAAUGCUUAAUGGUGAACCCUAGGGUUAGAUUAAGUGCAGAGGAAGCGCUCAAACACGAGUUUUUCGCUCCAUGCCAUGAACAACUCAGAAAGCACAGGCUUCUUAGGCAGGUCUUAUAGCUGGUACUCUAGAGUCUAACAUGGAGCAGGCAUCAUCACGAAGAUGCCAACUAACAUUGUCUUAAUCAGAUGAUGGAUCAGCCAAGUAAAUCAUGGUAGUUUCUAUUCUAAUUGAAUUUGCUGCAUUCUUUCUGUAACUUGUAGAGUUUGUAAAUACUAACUCCACAGAAAUAAGAAACUAUGCAUGAUAUAAUUUAUACUGAUUAAGUUUAAG